CCUAUAAUGGCCCACUGACAGAGACUGCAUGGGACGGCCCACUUCAUGGAGCAUCUGAUGGGAUUAUAACACUCUUUCCAGUUAAUUUUUCCCCACUAAGAAUAACUCUGCACAUUCAGCUCAUGGUGUAGCGUUACAGAGGCAAGUCUACGCUGAGAACGACUAGUUUUUGUCAAGGACCUGACUUUGGCAGAGAAAGGAAACCCAGGGAACAUUCUUAAAGGAUACAGUUUUUGUAAGUUCCAAGUUCAUCCAGAAGUGUUCAAGCUUGUUUUCCAUUUAAGAGCACAGAAAGGAGGAGAAAAAUACUUGAUCUUGGUGGGCUUGUGGUGAGCUGAAAGGAGAAUGAGUGAGGAAUUACUCCCAAAUGAGCUCUGACAGCUGACACCAUCCUCAGGCCCUUUACCUCAUCCUUUCUGAGACAUUCUGCCCGCUCUUUCUGUGGUCAGGGUUUGACAGUGAAGACUUUGCCUUUUUAGGCUUCGCAUCAUCCACACAUGUGCACACAUGCAGUCUGAGGGGAUCUUAUCAAAUCAAGCGGAUGCACACUUACAGCUGGAACUGAAAACUGAAAUCUAACUUGUCAUUUGAUGUACCUGGGUUUGUUGUUUGCUAUAAACUCACAGCCUCAACAGGACUGUGGUCACCUUUAUUUUUACUCCCACCAGCCAUGACAAGAGCUCUUGCAUGUUGCUGUUUUGCAUCUUCAGGUUGCUUUGCAUUUGCUGCUCUCGCUUCACAUUUUUCCAUACCUUCCUAUUAGUGGAACUUCGCCGAUAGUUGUCAUAAGUUGGGACUGAGGCUGCAUUAAGCAAUUCGAACUGAUUUUUCUUAUGAUUCAUGACACUACAGAAGUAUUGGUUAUGCCGCAGAGGUCCAGCUUAAUCAUUCACCUCCCAGAGAUGCUUUACCGAUGAAUUUCUACACUCUGCCCAAAUCCUUCUGAACCUGCAGAUAACAUGAUGAACAAAGACUCUCGCUUUUCUAGGAAGAUGCACGGAAACUUCUCCACACGCAGGCACUCCUGCAUUGGUUUUGAUGUGGAGAAUGGGUUAUCAGUGGGAGGCAGCCCCCUGGAUGCCCAGGGCGGCUCUGGUUCUGGUCUGGUCCUACAGGCCAACUAUCCCCACAGUCAGAGGCGGGAAUCCUUCCUGUACCGCUCUGACUCUGACUUUGACCUUUCACCCAAAGGUUCCUCCAGGAAUCCGUCUUCAGCCAGUGAUCUGGAAGAAAGCUUGAAGCACUGGGAGGUCAACUGGUUGUCAUCUCGACAUUCAGAAGACAUGAUUGUUACACCUUUUGCACAGGUCCUCGCCAGCUUGAGGACAGUCCGAAGUAACUUUGCCAUCAUAACUGGCCAGCAGGACAGAGCAGCCAGCAAGAUGCGAUCCUCAGGAAGCAAUCCACCCUCAAUGUGUAAGACCAGUCUUGCAGAGGAGCCCCACCAGCAGCUGGCUAUGGAGACUCUUGAUGAGCUGGACUGGUGUCUGGAACAACUAGAGACGCUGAAAACUCGACACUCUGUCAGCGAGAUGGCUUCUAACAAGUUCAAGAGAAUGCUGAACCGGGAGCUCAGUCAGCUUUCAGAGACCAGCCGCUCGGGGAACCAGGUGUCUGAGUUCAUCUCCAGCACCUUUCUCGAGAAGCCACAUGACAUGGACAUCAUGUCUCCUCCUACCAAGGAGAAAGACAAAAAAAAGCGUCCCAUGUCCCAGAUUAGUGGCGUCAAGAAGGCCACCCACAGUCUUGCCCCCUCCACCAUACCUCGGUUUGGGGUCAACACCAGCCAGGAAGAGCUCCUCGCAAAGGAGCUUGAAGACAUUGAUAGAUGGGGUAUUGACAUCUUCAAAGUAGCAGAGUACUCUGGGAAUCGCCCACUGACAGUCACAAUGUACACAAUCUUUCAGGAACGUGAUUUGCUGAAAACCUUCAAGAUUCCUGUGGACCAUUUUAUUAACUUCAUGAUGACACUGGAGGAUCAUUACCACUCUGAUGUGGCUUACCAUAACAACAUCCACGCUGCAGAUGUGGUGCAGUCCACGCAUGUGCUUCUUUCUACACCUGCUCUGGAGGCCGUAUUUACUGAUCUGGAGAUCUUGGCUGCGCUGUUUGCAAGCUCCAUUCAUGAUGUAGAUCACCCUGGAGUUUCCAACCAGUUUCUCAUCAACACCAACUCAGAGCUGGCCCUGAUGUACAAUGACUUGUCCGUUCUGGAGAAUCAUCACCUGGCUGUGGGAUUUAAGCUUCUACAGGAAGAUAAUUGUGACGUCUUUCAGAACCUGAGUAAAAAACAGAGACAGUCUCUGCGUAAAAUGGUUAUCGACAUGGUGCUGGCCACUGACAUGUCUAAACACAUGAACCUAUUAGCAGACUUAAAAACCAUGGUGGAGACAAAAAAAGUAACCAGUCUGGGUGUCCUCCUCUUGGACAACUAUUCAGAUCGCAUACAGGUUCUUCAGAACAUGGUCCACUGUGCUGACCUGAGCAACCCGACCAAACCUCUUGAGCUGUACCGUAAUUGGACUGAUCGCAUCAUGGUGGAGUUUUUCACUCAGGGGGACAGGGAGAGAGACAAAGGAAUGGAGAUAAGCCCCAUGUGUGACAAGCACAAUGCUUCCAUAGAGAAGAACCAGGUGGGCUUCAUUGACUACGUUGUUCAUCCACUCUGGGAGACGUGGGCUGAUCUGGUGCAUCCUGAUGCUCAGGAGAUCUUGGACACGCUGGAGGACAACAGAGAGUGGUAUCAGAGCAUGAUUCCUCGAAGCCCAUCGCCCAGCACAGAUGGGCAUGAAGAAAGGGGCUCUCUGGAGGAAGCUUCAGCACCCAGCGGAGGCCCGAGCUCCACUACGGCUGAGAAGUUCCAGUUCGUGCUGACCUUAGAAGAAGAGGGUGAGUCUGACACAAAUAGCUCACCUGAAGAAGAGAAGGGCAGCAGGAGCAAAGCCAAACACAGUGGUGCAUUUGAUUCAGGAUCUGUCACAACUCGACGGCUUAACAAAAUUCUCACCGGUGACUCAGGUAGGACAUUUUCUUUGGACUCUGAGAAGGAUAUGGCAGAAGACAGAGAAACCGACCAAGAAGGCCUCUCUGAGGUCCCACGUUUCAGACUUGGCACAUAGCACCAGCCACAGCUGUUUCCCCUCAGACUAUCUUUGUUUCAUUCAGAUUUAUGUCAGUGCCUUGUCCUCUGUCACUGUUCUUCCCUCACUUCAAAUGGACACCAUCCUUCUUUGGGUUUCCUCAAACACAGUGACAGUAAGACUCAAGCUGGAUCUACUGUCCAGAUAGAUGUGAGGAGGAUGAGGAGGGUCUGCAGCUUUACACAAUGGUCACUUGCACUGAAAAAGACUGACAGGUUUGAAAACCGUUCCAUGAAAGACACAGAAACACUUUCGUACCUGUCUGCAGUGUUCUUUGUUUUCAUUUAAUGAAGACAAGAAGUAAAAAAUGUGUCUUCUGAGGAUUUGUGAUGAAACUGAGAAAGUGAUGAUUCACUGUAAAAGGUCUUUUCAGACUUCUUGUCAUGCAGAUUUUGAAGACAGCAGCAUUCUGGUUGAUUUUUUCAGGAUGUUAUAGUUUUUCUUAUCUUUAUUUAUACACAAAAUGAAGAGUAGGUCCUAACAGAACACAGAUGAGUGAAGUUAUUGGAAUAAAUGGACAUGUAGGCAGACUAAUAUGUGGAAUAUGAUAUGCGGAAAACUAAAAGUAGCAAAUGUUUGGACUGACUACUUUACUGUUACUAUACUGGUACACCAAUACUUGUUUUUGCUCGUGAUGCACAGUGCUGUCUUUUGUGUUCAGCAGACAGGUAUGAUGUUAAUUAUGCUUUUUUUCUUUUUUAUAAUCCUAAACUUGGACAUUUUCAUCGAGAAUUAAGAAAACUAAGCCAGCCUUAGCGCAUUCCUGAGCUGUUGAGGAAUUACAUCCAAAGUUCAGGGAGAGCAGGUGCUGCCUCCUAGUGUCUAAAAAUGGAAAUAAUUGUCUUUGCGGAGGCAAGGUUUUGCAUUCAAAAUGUAUCAUUUUCUUUUUUUUUUAAAUUUAUUUUAUUUCGCUCCUAUUUUCCUAUUCGAAUAUAGAAUUUUGCAUCUUUUAUGUUUGGAUGAAAUUGUACCUGUUUUCCCAUUUGUUUAGUUUUUUUUUUACUCUGACAAGCACUGAUAAUGAUUUUUAAGGGCUUACGCCAAAACAGGAGAAUUCUGACAUCUGUUUGUGACAAAAAGCGAUCAGCACGAAUGUCAUGCGGAAACUACAAAAAUGUGACCAGCUUUGAACACUUUUAGCACUACAUUUAAGUCUAUUUUAGUCACCGGCAUCUGCUAUGUGUUUUUAAAAGAUUCCACAGAUAAAAUCAAUGUAGCUGUAAAAAUCCAGCGGGGUACCAAUAGAGAGUUGCCUAUGCCACAUUUUUACUCUUUUUUUCCCCUCACAGAUCAAUAUUUUGCUCUUUGGAGGGAAACAGUCAAUGACACUAAACAAGUGCCAAGCAAGCAUGACACAAGCAGCACUGUAAUUUCCAUUUUGCCACCGGCUACUUUCCAUCAGCAGCUGAUAAAGCUGGUUGAUUGUACCGCUCUGUGUGCCAACCGGACUUUGGUGUCUGUGGUUAUGUUUUUCUAACUUAUAUUCAGAUCACUGAAUCUGCUAUUGUCUUAUAACAGUCAUUUUAUUUUGUGAUGGAGGGAUUGGGUUGACUAUUUUGAUUUUUUUAUGUUAAACCAGAUGCACUUUGAAUGGUACUUUUACAGUUCUGCACUUCCAGUGCACUUAAACAUGUAUACCAUGACUGUGUUAUUGUUUUCUCAGUUGGUGGUUUAAUUGCAAGGGCUGGACCACUACAGGUGUUAGUGUUGAUGUCGCAGGGACUUCAUUGAAAUGUGUAACAUUGGCUAAAAGAUUCAAAUCACAAAAAUAGUUUAUUAUGUAUUACUUAAAAAUUAGCACUGUGUUACAUUUGUUUUAUUUUAUUACCAUUACAAUUGUAAGUUAUGUUUUAAUGUGUGAAUAAGCUACACAUUUCUAUUGAAGCCUUAUUUUAUUUGAUAUUUUAGUUUUCUGGGUAAAUUUAUUCUCUGUCUGCAAAUCCUAAACCACACCAAACCCUCCAACUUCAAGGGUGCCUUCAACAGUAAGGAAUAUUUAAUCCCAUUUUAACCAGCACAACAAUAUGCAAUAACUUAGCCUGUCUUCUACCUAAAUGAUUUUGUAUUUUCCUCACAGAGAUCUAUGUGCAAUGUAUUUUUUUCUGUGCUAUCUGUUAGCACGAUGAGACAAAUGGACAGUGCCUUACUUAAGGCUUAUGUGCGUUGAAUAAGACAAACUGUGACUAUUACUCAGAUUUUCUUUUCUUUUGUUUCUUUAAAAUCUGCUAAUAAUAUAACUUAUUUGCAACAUCUUAGCUUUUUCUGCAGAUGUAACUGAGUGACAGAUUAUCUCCUGUGUUUUCUGAAGCUUCUCAGUCCCAUUUUUCUGUUUUCCCUGUGCUCACCCUAUGGUUCAUGAAGACCAUGCAGUUUUUGUGCUAAUUAGAGACCUCAGUUCAUAUUAAAGGCAGAAACAUAUAGUUGUCUUUGACCUGUGUUUAUGCACAGAUCAGAACUGAUAUGAUGUAAUGCUGCAGCUUUGACAAUCCAGACUCUACUGUUUAACUCUGGGUGUGUUUCUCCUCUAAAUUUUAAACUACAACUUCCCAAUAAACAAAAAAAAAACUCUUCAA